AUGGCUUCUUCACAAUCUCUCCUCAAUUCGUUCCAGGCCGCGCUGAAGCGGAGGGAGGCCAAGUCAUCCAGGCGAAAAUUGACUGUGCUUCCCCCGGGCUCCGUUGAUUUUUCGUCUAAUGAUUUCCUGUCACUUUCUACAUCUUCUAGUUUCCGGUCUCGUUUCCUACACCAUGUGAACAGUACGCCUGCGUCUCAGCCGCUGGCAAGCGGUGGAUCCCGACUUCUGGACGGCAAUUCCCACUAUGCGGAGGAGUUGGAGAAGUUCAUUGCGGGGUUCCAUGAUGCCCCGAGCGGAUUGCUAUUCAAUUCAGGCUAUGACGCUAAUGUCGGGGUCUUUUCAUGCAUCCCGCAGCCUGGGGAUGUGAUCCUGUAUGAUGAGCUGAUUCAUGCCAGCAUCCACGAGGGCAUGCGGCUCUCAAGGGCGACUAAACGCAUCAAGUUCGCACACAAUUCGCCAUCAGGUCUAAAAGAGGCGCUGGAGAAGCAGAUUCAGGAUGACCAGGCCAUUGUAAAUGGUACCCGCAAUGUCUUCAUCGCCCUGGAAUCUGUGUAUAGUAUGGACGGGGAUAUCGCCCCGGUAAAAGAAUUCAUCCAGGUCGUGCACGACCUUCUCCCACGAGGCAAUGGCUACUUCAUCGUGGAUGAAGCACACGCAACAGGUGUCUUUGGCCCCCGCGGCGCUGGCGUUAUCCAGGGCCUAGACGAGCAGAAGCAUAUAUUCAUUCGAGUGCACACUUUUGGAAAAGCUCUUGCAAGUCAUGGAGCCAUUGUUCUAUGUGAUCCUCUCACAAGAGACUAUCUCAUUAAUUAUGCUCGAAGUCUCAUCUACACCACGGCAUUGGCCUUCCCAUCACUAGCUUCCAUCCGCACAGCAUACGAGCUCCUUCAGCGAGGUGAAACAGAAUCCCUUCGAGAAAACCUCCAAUAUCUAAUCCGACAUUUCCGCGCCCGUCUGAGAGAGAUUCAACUAGCAGACUCCUCCAUUCUGGAAGUAGAUCACUUCCCAGACUCCCCGAUCUUCUCCUUUCGGAGUCCAUUCCCCCGUGAUCUGGCAACUGCCUGUCAGCGUGAAGGGUUUAUCGUUCGUGCUAUCAUGCCUCCCACCGUUCCUGCAGGUAAGGAACGGGUAAGGGUUUGUCUGCAUGCCGGCAACACUACGAAGGAAAUCGAUGAUUUUCUAAAGAUCGUCCGGAAAUGGGCGUCUGAGAAGAAAGGGGCUGUCCCUCGUUUAUGA